UCUUCGUGAUCCACAGGCGAUUUGUGCGGAAGUUGCAUCCGGCACUAGUUGAAGAACAAGAAGGAAAGGAAGAACAAAAUAAGAAAGGAGGAUACGCUUCUUGUCCUUUUUCUUCACCCCCCCAAGCCCCCCACCUGACUUCCACUCGCAGAGGAACCGCCGUGUUGUGCGAAGCCUCCGCUCAUCUUUAGCCGACUUCAGGGCUCCUUCGUCGGCCUCGGCGACUUGCGGGCGAUGGCGAGGCCGAGCCACAGCGACCACGUCCUUCAGCAGCUGAACAACCAGCGCGAGUGGGGCUUCCUGUGCGACUGCCUCAUCGCCAUCGGCGACAUCUACUUCCGGGCGCACAAGGCCGUGCUGGCGGCCUGCAGCUCCUACUUCCGGAUGAUGUUCAUCCGCGAGCAGCAGGGGGCGGCGCGCCUGGACCUCAGCGACAUGCAGAUCAGCGCAGAGUGCUUCGACCUCAUCCUGCAGCUCAUGUACCUGGGGCGCAUCGCGGCGGGCACGUUCGACUUCGAUGACCUCAAAGCGUCCAUGGUCUACCUGCAGAUGUACUACAUCCCGGACUCGCUGGAGGACCUGCGCGACAUCCGCAGCGGCUCCAACCUGACGCCGUCCUCGUCCGAAUGCUCUACAGCGGCCGCGUCAUGCGGCGGAAAGAUGUUGUUCGGAGUGCGCAUGUAUGAGCGGAAGAGGACGGCGGGCGCUCAAGAACCUGCAAAUGGUGUCAAAACCGUCAGCAGCUCUGCCAGGUACCUGGGGGGGCCGCCCGUGAUUGAGGAGGCGUCGGGCGCCUCCGUCCACGGGGCGGCACUCCCAAGCGCGGACGCUGGACAUACGGCAGAGCAACCGUGCGAUCUGAGGAAGCGGAGCGCAGGAAGGAGCUCGACCCUGAGGGAACGCCCUCGCUUCGGCCGCACCUUCACCUGCGACGACUGCGGAUUCGUCUUCAGCUGCGAGAAGCUUCUGAUCGAGCACAUCCUUACCUGCACCAACCGCAAGACCUACGCACCUGCCUGUAGCCUGGACGGCGACAAUGACUCCGCCAAGGCAGAGAGUUCUGCUUCAGACGGCGCAGAAGACCACAGGAUGCUUGCUGACCUGGGCUCCGUCGCGGCGGGGCCCAGCGACGGGGCGGGAUCCGCAUGCGUCAUUUCCAUCAAGACGGAACCCGGAGAAAGCCCGCACCCUGAGGACCGGGAGGCGGGGGGCGGUAACGGAGCAUGUGUUGAUUGGGGGCCAGGUGACGAGAACUGCGAGGCGGCACCCGGCGUUUCCGGUGUGGAGAGGGCCGACGAGCGGUGCGAGAGCGCCAUGUCAGGAAGCGACGCCUCUGCAACGUCGCCAGUCUUUUUCAAGGUGAAAGACGAGGAGAGCACAGAGGGCACUCCGUGCGAACUGUGCGGGGCACUGUUGAGCGAGGACGACAAGUCGGCCCACUACCUCUCCAGCCACCUGGGCCACAUCUGCGCAUGCGGACGCUGCGGCCAAGUGCUGAUCAAAGGCCGGCAGCUCCAGGAGCACGCUGAGCACUGCGGCGAGUCGGACGAAGCGGACGAGCCUCACGGCGCAGACGAUGGGCUCCUGGAGGGCGCCGACCUGGCCUGCCCUCACUGCGGCCUGCCCUUCGAGAGCGAGAGCCUGGCGCUGGAGCAUGCCCUCUCCUGUCCCCACGAGGCCGACCCGAUAAAGCCCGGCGGCCCCGAUCACCGGCGCAAGCACUUCUGCGCCAUCUGUGGCAAAGGCUUUUACCAGCGCUGCCACUUGCGCGAGCACUACACAGUGCACACCAAGGAGAAGCAGUUCACCUGCCAGACGUGCGGCAAGCGCUUCCUGCGUGAGCGCCAGCUGCGCUUGCACACGGACAUGCACCGCGGCGUGGCGCGCUAUGUGUGCCCUGUGUGCGACCAGGGCACAUUCCUCAAGCACGACCACGUGCGUCACAUGAUCUCGCACCUGGCGGUCGGGGAGACCAUCUGCCAGGUGUGCUUCCAGAUCUUCCCGGGUGGUGAGCAGCUGGAGGAGCACAUGGAUGUGCAUCUGUACGUUUGUGGCGUGUGCGGUGACAAGUUCCGCCUCCGAAAGGACAUGCGCACGCACUACAACCUUAAGCACGCCAAGAGGCUGUAGCACGCACACGCAGCGCAUCCACGGACUCUGCAUGAGGAGGAAACAUACAGUGCUACAUUAACUUACGAGUUUAAUUCGUUCAGUGACCACGCUCAGAAAUCAAAUGUCUCGUAUCUCACAUCAUCUUUCCCCAUUAAAAUGAAUGGAAAUGCAGUUAAUCCGUUCCAACCCCCCAAAAAACAUCCCCAAUUAUUUUUUUUGUUUUUUUGUAAGGCCAAAAACAUGACCGUACGUAAUGUACUGUACGUCCUGUUGUUUUAUUGACAGUUGGCAAACCAGCUUAAUAGCACAUUUUUGCCACCAGCUGUCCACAACAAUUGUCCUUCCACUGCAAGGAAACCAAUGUGAACUGAUGGUGGCCAGAUGUUGUGAGGUGUGCUGGCGCCAUAUAGCGGUGAAGGGUCUGAAGUACACUUAUAUCUCAACUUUUGCGCGUAUCUAUACAAAAAAAAUUAUCAAUUGGUGUAAGUCGAGGCACUCGUAUGUCAAGGCACCACUGUAUACAAAGUGAAGUCAAGCACAGGUGGCGCCACGGUGGUCCCGAAUCAAAUUCUGCUUAGGGACCCAAAAAAGCUGGAGGCCGGCGACGACUUAUGCAAAAAAGACGGGUUUCCCUACAUUUUGAACUCCCAUCUUCUUACACUCCUGAUUGGUCGCCGUGGCGUCGGGGUUUCGACCCAGAUGUCGGAUGAAACGGGAUUCCUGCUGGAAUUGAAACUCAGGUUGCAGUGAUUCAUGAUGAGGGACGAGGAUGAUGAUGGGGAUGUUUGUAGUGCUAUAUGCUGUACACAAAGCUUAAUCAAGUGAACUGAUACGUUCUGCGUAAGGAGUGAUUGGACCCUAACGCAAUCUCAAGUGUUUAAUGUGUAUGUGUUUCCAUUAUCAACUACACACUUUGAAUAAAUAACUGCACACUUCA